AUGCUGCUGUCCACGCUCGUGAUCAUGUCGGCGAUGGUGUUGCUGUUGGUUGCCUUGAAGCCCGGGAGGUUGGCCACCAUGGGACCCUCUGCAGCCAUUAUUGGAUUGCGCAGGCCCCGGUGUCAAGGACGCGGUCCUGGCCAAGCCAUCUCUCAGCCACACAACCGGCCAGGCCGCCUCCCGCCAGGGACCAUGCCGAUGGAGCACCCCAGCCGGGCCACAUUCAAUAGGGUGCAGGCCGACCCCAGCCUGCCGGAACGGGAUGCCAGCAUCGUGGCGGAGUUUGAGGCGGCGCCCUGGCUGCUGCCGCCGCGCACCAAGGCGCUGACGUACACGGGGGUGCACAAUCUGGGCCAGCUGCUGGAGCUGCGGGCCACGCCCUUUGGCAAGCACCCCAAGACCAUGACGCUGCUCACGCUGAACAAGCAGUUUGCCGUGAUGACCCAAAACACGAUCUACUCCAUGGUCAAGUUUGGCGGCGUGCGCAACUACAUCGUGGCCACCUGGGACCCCGGAGACCUGGCGGCCUGCGCCGACCUCAACCUGCCGUGCGCCGACGUCACCCGCUUCCUGCCGGAGCCGAUGAACCGGGCGCAGGAUGCGGGGGCCUUUGGCUCACACGACUACCUGGUGGUGUGCUGGCUGCGCUCCUUCCUGCUCACCCACCUGCUGCGCCAGGGCUUUGUGGUCUUCUCCACAGACAGCGACAUUUCCUACUUCCUCAAGCCGGUGUGGGAGAGCUACAUGCGGUUCAUGGAGGAGGCGGGCGCCGACGCCGCGUUCCAGACAGAGGCCCCACGUGCGGCGCCGCUGCUGGCGGCACCCGUCGGUCCGGCGUGGUGCCGCAUGAGGGUGUUGUGA